UAUGGCGGGUCGUUGCAAUCGUGAUAAACCGCCAUGCAAAUAUUUUCAUCCCCCACAACAUUUAAAGGAUCAGUUACUAAUAAAUGGAAGAAACCAUCUUGCCUUGAAAAAUGCAAUUAUGCAACAAAUGGGAAUUGCCCCUGGGCAACAAGUUAUACCUGGACAAGUUCCAACGGUUGCAACAAAUCCCUAUUUAACCGGUAUACCAGCCAGCACAUAUAGUCCAUAUUUUGGACCUGGACAUUUAGUGCCUACAUUAUUAGGACCAGAUCCGUCAGUUGCAUCACAAUUAACCCCAGUUGUACCACAAGCAGUUCCUGUUGCGCAACAAAAAAUACCUAGAUCUGAUAGAUUAGAGACUGCACCUGUUACGGCCGUUGCUAGUAAUACAUUAACAGCGGUUGCAGCUGCUGCAGCUGCUGCUGCUGCUGCCAAUAUGACACAUCCACAAUCUACUACUACUAUCAUACCUACACAGCAAUCGCCAUCUGGAUCUGUUGCAUUAACAUCAUCAAAUAAUGCAAUAACAUUUUGCCAACCGCAAGUGGAAGCAGGCAAAAAACGUGCAGCAGAAAAUGACAUAUUUCAACUGAUGGACAUGAAAACAGUUGGUUCAUUUUACUACGAAAAUUUUGCAUUCUCUGGUAUGGUACCGUUUAAGAGGCCCGCUGCAGAAAAAUCUGGUAUCCCUGUUUAUCAAGCAAAUGCAACAACGUAUCAACAAUUGAUGCAAUUACAACAGCCAUUUGUUCCAGUAUCAUCCACUAAUAAUAAAAUUCCUUUAAAUGCUUCUUAUGUUAUCUACACUGAUGCAAAUGGACAGUUACUGGACACCCUCCCGGUGUGCCAAGAUUUUAAUAGAUCUAUGUGCAGUCGUAUAAAUUGUAGAUUUGUUCAUUUAAUGGAACAUGAUAAGGUUGAAGUAUGUGAUCAAAGAGUGGCUGUGUGUCGUGAUCAUGCAAAUGGUCUUUGCAAACGUAAAUUAUGUAAAUAUUAUCACAUACCAAUUGUAUUACCACCAGCAAAUAUAAUGGCUACAGUAUUUAGAACUCAAAAUUGUGUAUUAGCAUCAACAUCAUCUUCGACAUCAUCUACAAGUACAUUAACAGCAUCAUCAAUAAAUUCUGCUUUAUUAUCAAAAUCAACUAUUCCCGUUUCAACAAUCACUUCGACAUUACUAUCUACAAAAAAUACAAUUACCAAUACAAAUUGUAAGAUUAAUUCAACUAUUUCGCAAAGUAAUAGCAGCAAUAUAUAUAUUAAUAAUUAUAAUAAAAAUAAUAAUAACAGUAAUAAUUAUAGCAAAAAUAAUAAUAUUAAUAAUGAUGAUAAUAAUAAUAUUAAUAAAAAUACUUCUAUUCUUGCUGAAGUCAGUAAUAAUGAUCCAUCCAAUAUGAAUAUUAAUAACAGCAGUAUUAUUACUGAUAAUAAUAACAGUAAUGUAAUUAAUAAUAAUAAUAUUAAUAAUAAUUAUAACAACAAUAAUAACAAUAAUAAUAAUAAUGAUAAUAAUAAUAACAAUAAUAAUAGUAACAAUGAUAAUAAUGAAAAUGGUACUAAAAUCAAUAUUAAUAUUAAUGAUGAUGACAAAAAUAACGAUAUUAUUGAAAACAAUAGCCACAUAAAUAAACAUAAUGAUAAAAACAUCAGUAAUGAUAGUAAGAAUGAUAAGCAUAACAUUAGUAAUGAUAAUAAAAAUACAGAUAAUAUAAAUUGUAUUAGUAAUAGUAGCUGCAUUGAAAACUAUAUUAAAACUCACAAUUCCAGUAAUGAAAAUAACAAUAAUAGUAGUACUAAUAAUAAAAAUUUAGAAAAUAUUAAUAGUAACAUCAAUCAUAUAAAAAACAAUGAUAAUGAGAUGAAGAUUGAAACAAGUAUCAAUAGUAGUAAUGAUAAUAAAAGUAUUCCUAUUAAACAAAAUAUCAUUAACAAGGAUAAUAAUUUUAAAAACAAUAUUAUUAAUUAUAACAGUAAUAACAGUAACAAUAGUAGUUCACUCUACAAUACAAAUAAUAAUGACAGUAAAAAUAAUAGCAACAACUAUAAAUUAGUCAGCAAUAAUAAAAAUAAUUAUAAUAUAAAUAAUAUUAAUAAUUAUAAUAAAAUUUUAGAUAUGAAUUCCAAGGUACAUAUUGUAAAACCAGCUAUAAUCAGGAAACCGAUAACGAAUUCAGUACCAGCAAUAUCAGCAGCUAUUGAAAAUUUUGUUACAUCUCCUACAAAAAGUCAGCCAAGAUUUAAUAAUCAGUAUUUUUUAAAAUCCGCUCCAACAACAACAAUAACAGCACCAACAAACUCAACACACUUAUUAAAAAAUUCAACUAGUUCUCUUACUACUUUAUUAAACAACAAUAUAAGAAACAGUAAUAAAAAUAGUACUAACAAAAUUGCCAACAAUAACGAUAGUACCAAUCUAAUACCAAAAACAUCUCAAGUCAACGUAUUAAAUAGCGGUGCUUUUCAGCAAUAUUAUUGGCCAUCAUUCAAUAAUAAUAACGCCGUCAACGGGAUAUUAUCUGAUUAUACAAUAGCAGAAAAUAAUACACCAAAUUUUCUUCAUAAAAAUUUUCAAUUUUCUAAUACAUAUAAUAAUAAAAUUAUUUCUAAUUCAAAUAUUCAUUCGCAAGCACUUUCAGUUACAUCACAAAAAAUAAAUGAAAAUUCGCAUACAUUAGAAAAUUAUUGUAGUGAAAAUUUAUUUCCACAAAAUACAUCAAAUUUUCCUUCAAAUAUUGGAAUUUAUUCAUCUCACUUACCAAUACAUCAUAAUACUGGUUUAACAAAUGUAUUAUUAACACCAGCAACAGCAGGCUCAACAGCGGCGACAAUAACUUCACCAAAUGUUACUAUUCUUCAAAAUUGUGUUGAUAAUAAUACAAUUAGCUUUCCAAAUAACGUAGCCAACACAUUUGGUAAUAUAAGUAAAUCAACAAUAUCGAAAGCUUCUAAUAAAAACUUUUCUACAUCGUAAAUAUGUGCAAAAUUAAUAACUUAUAAACAUAUUUACAAUAUAUAGUUAAAAAAAAAAACAAAGUAUUUUUCGAAAUUAAUUUUAAAAAUCUCAUUUUUAAUUAACUAUUUUUAAUAUUAAAUAAUUGACAAUAUAAAAAUGUUUUCAGUUUUCAACUGCAAAAUAUAUAUACAAUAUAUAACUUUAUAUUAUAUAUGUAUGUUUUCAAUAUAAUUUAACAAAAUAAUUCAUUUAAAUUAAAUUUAGUUAACUAAUGUAUAAUGUAAAUGAAAAUCUCUAUUUUGAUUUUUAAAUUGAAUUUCGAAAAAUUGCAAAUUUUAUUCCAAACUUAAAAUAAAGCAAAGAAAGAAUAAAACUUUUUUUAAAAAAUUUAUGUUGUUUAUACUUAAAAUUUAAAAAUGACACACAUCCACAUUGUAAACAUAAAAUAUAUUUAGAUAAGAAUUUGCAAAUAUUUAUUCAAUAAAAUAAUAUAUAUA